AUGUUGGGCUUGAGGAUUUGUGAAGAGGUGACAGAGAUGGCAGCCUCCAAGUGUAAAGGUUUCAUCAGGAAAAAGCGCAGCUCAGAGUUGGACAUGGUUGUAAGCAUCCUGAGGAAGGAGAACGCCUAUCUGAAGAAGAGCCUGGCCGAGUUAUCUCGUCAGCAUUGGGAUCAUCACAGGCUAGUGGAGAAAUUACUGAAUCUUGACACUGUGAAGCGGGAUAAUUCUCAGCAGCUGACGGACAAUGACAAGAAGACUGCUUUGCCAUCAGUGCUGAGUGAGAGAGGAGAGAACCUGACAGACGCAGUGAGUACGGACAGAGUCUCUGGUUCCGCCAGAAAAGUUGAACAAAUCGAGAACAGGCUUUAAAGCAUUUCCACAAGUGUCAAUUUCUUAGAAGUUGCCGGGAAGAAGGACUUCAAGUCGGAUGAAGAGGCCUCCAGCACCAUAGUAACAGAGCUCCAGAAUCAGCUCAGAGAUUCUGUUUCUUUCUUUCUCUGUUUUGUGCUUCUCAUUCUUUUUAUUCAAUCCCUGGAGGCCUUGGAGAGGAACAAGCAGUAUCUGGAUUAUGACCAGCACAGAGAUGCCUAUGUGACGGCCAUUAUGGGCAGAAUGUCAUGGCAGGAGAAGCAGCUGAACGAAGCCAAUCUGUCUUGCUCAAAGAAGCACAAUGAAGACCAUUCAGAUGAGAAGAAGCAAAUAGUCCAGAUGCAGGACUACUAUGAUAGACUCUUAAAGAAAGCCAAAGAUGAGCUGGAAGUGCUCAGGGGGCAGAUCAACAUCACCCAACAGAACCUGACAACAACCACAAACUGGUGCAAGGAAAAGGAUAUGGAGUUGGACGAGCUCAAACAGCAUCUGCAGAAUACAGAAUUGAGUGGAAAAAAACUGGUAGAUAAGAACAAAGACCUAGAGGACACGCUGUAUGAGGAGAAGCGCAGGGCAACUAACUCUGAGCUGCAGGUGAAUCUCCUCCAGAAGAUUGUGUUAAAUAAUCAGAGUGCAGACCAGGAGAAGAUUGCAGAUCUGGAGCGUCAGAUCCAGAUUUCUACACAAGACCUUGAGGAUGCGAGACAGGAUUGUUCACAUUUAAAGAAGCAAAUGGUCAAGGUCCUGAAGUUGCUGAAGAAGACCGAACGCCAAGAGACAAACACGACAGAGGUUGGCAUUACUUCGCUGAAUGAAAGCUUCCUGGCGUGUCCCUACUGCGAGGGCGAGUAUCCUGUCAGUCAGUACAGAGACCUGAUGAAGCACCUAGACGCCUGUUCAGAGUGA